UAUGGUAAAUCAAAUAUACUGAAAAAAAAUUGUAAUUUUUAUUAUUAAAAAUUAAAAUAAAGAAUGUCGGAACAAAAGUUAAAAAAAGCAUAAAUGUUUAAUUCAAAAUUCAAAAUUGAGCGCCUAUGUCAAAGCACUUCCAGAAGACUGGGUGGCAGAUAGACACCGCCACCUGGACAGACAUGCAGGGGUCCCCACAUCCUUAAAGUCCUCUCGGGCCCCACCCACGCUCUCUCCCCAUUGGUCGUUGAAUUUUCCAAGCAAAAGAAGCCCAAUAAAUUUAAAUAAUUUACAGAAACACCAAAGCCCCCGGGUCUUCGUUCUCUCCAAGAAGCAGGAAGAAGCAGAUUACAGAAGACGAAGAAACAAGGAGAAGGCAAAAGCCAAAAGCCAACCGCGGUCUUACCCUUUGUUCCCGAGAAGAUGAAAUGCCAUCUGCAUUUCAAAACCGCGCUUUUUCUCAACGUCUUCUGCUUAUGGAGUAGCGUUUCUGGGGAGGCGCUGUUUUCUGAGAAGUCGAUUUUGCUCGAGAUCAAGAGCUCGGUUUCCGACCCGGAUGGGGUUCUCUUCGGCUGGAGGUCCAACAGCUUCGAUCACCACUGUUCGUGGAUCGGGGUCUCAUGCGACACCAAAUCGAGGGUCAUUUCGCUCAGUCUCGCCGGCAGCGGUGCCAAAGGAGGUAAUUUUCGAGCUCUGUCUUGCUCUCAGAGUGUGAAAUUUCAAUUCCCGUACGAUGGGUUCGGUGUUUGGAGGAAAAUUUUGGUUAGUGGAAAAUUGGGUGGAAAGGUUUCGCCUUGGGUGGGAAAGCUCAGUGAGCUUAGAGUUUUAUCGCUGCCUUUCAAUGAACUUAGUGGCGAAAUUCCGAAGGAAAUUUGGGGGUUGGAGAAGCUUGAAGUGCUUGAUCUUGAGGGGAAUUUGUUAAACGGAAAUUUGCCAACCCGGUUUUCGGGUUUGAGGACGUUGAGGGUAUUGAAUCUUGGGUUUAAUAGAAUUGGUGGGGAGAUUCCUUUUUCGCUUUCGAAAUGUGUGGGUUUGGAGGUGCUGAAUUUGGUAGGUAAUGAAGUGAGUGGAACCAUCCCUGGGUUUGUUGGUAGGUUUGCAAAGUUGCAGGGGCUUUAUUUGGCUCAAAAUAGGUUAAAUGGGUCUAUACCAGCCACAUUUGGAAGCUAUUGUCGAAAUCUUGAAUAUCUUGAUCUGUCGGGAAAUUUCCUUGUUGGGAAGAUUCCUGGUAGUUUGGGGAAUUGUCGGUGGUUACGGACUCUUUUGUUGUUUUCAAAUAUAUUGAAUGGUGGCAUUCCUCUAGAACUUGGUUGGAUUCGAAUGCUUGAAGUUCUAGAUGUUUCAAGAAAUAGCCUUAGUGGCCCAGUCCCUGCUGAGCUUGGACAAUGUAUCAAUUUAUCUGUUCUUGUCCUAUCAAAUCUUUUUAAUCCAUUGACAACCAAUCCGAAUACGAAUGGAGAUACAUCAAUUGAUUUAUCUGGUGGUUUGGUGGAUGAUUACAAUUAUUACGAAGGCUCCAUUCCAGAGGAAAUUACAACCCUUCCAAAUUUGAAAAUAGUUUGGGCUCCAAGGGCAACCCUUGAAGGAAAGCUUCCAAGCAAUUGGGGUGGUUGUGAGAACUUGGAAAUGUUGAACUUAGCUCAGAACCUUUUCAGCGGAGAAGUCACUGGAGUAUUUGAAAGAUGCAAGAAGCUGCAUUAUCUAAAUUUGGGAUCAAAUAUGCUGAGUGGGAAGAUCGAUGAGAAGCUUCCGGUUCCAUGUAUGACUGUUUUCAAUGUCAGUGGGAACUUCAUGUCUGGACCUGUCCCCAAGUUUCUGUACAGAUUGUGCCCCCAGGUGCCCCCAAAUUCAGAUCUUGUCCGAGUCAACAAUCCAUCAUUUCCAUAUCAAGUGCUCUUUACUUGCCAAACUCAGCUUGAUAGCCAUUUGCCUCUUUCAAGUGGUAGUUUCACUGUGGUUCAUGAUUUUAGUGGUAACAACUUCACCGGUCCAAUCCAACACCUCCCUCUUGCAACUGAGAGACUGGGGAAGCAGACUGUUUAUGCAUUUCUUGCUGGUGGGAACAAGCUCACGGGAUCAUUUCCUGAAACCUUACUACAAAAGUGUGAUGGAUUAGAUGGAAUGAUUAUUGAUGUUAGCGACAAUAAGUUGUCAGGUCAAAUUCCUUUUCAGAUUGGUGCGAUGUGCAGAUCUCUUAGAUUCCUGGAUGCCUCUGGCAAUCUUUUAUCCAGGUCAAUACCUUCAGAUAUUGGGGAUUUGGAAUCUCUUGUCUUUCUUGACUUGAGCUGGAACCAGCUGCAGGGUCAAAUUCCUGCAGGUAUCAGUCAUUUGAAGUAUCUUAAGUAUCUGUCCCUGGAUAACAACAACCUCACAGGUGAAAUUCCUGCUAGCUUUGUGUGGUUGCACUCCCUUGAAGUUCUAAAGCUGUCUUCAAAUUCUCUUUCUGGGGACAUUCCGCAAGGUCUUGUGAACUUGAAAAAUAUAACUGUUUUUCUGCUCGACAACAACAAACUCUCUGGGCACAUCCCUUCAGGCUUGACUAAUCUGAAAUCCCUAUCUACAUUCAAUGCCUCCUUCAAUAACCUGUCUGGUUCAUUUCCAUUGAACAAUAGCAUGAUGAACUGCAGCAGUGUCCUUGGGAACCCUUUCCUCAUUCCAUGCCAUAUUGUUUCGCUAACUGCUCCAUCUUCAGAUCAGCCAGAUAGUUAUGGGAGUUCACAACAUAACCCUGAUUCUCUAUCAGCAACUACUGGUGGUGAUGAUAAUAGUGGAUUAGGCACAAUCGAGAUCGCAUCCAUAGCAGCUGCAUCGGCUGUUGUUUUGGUUCUGCUCUCUCUUGUUAUCCUGUUCUUUUAUAUGAGAAAGUGGAUACCAGAUUCCAGGGUUCAGGGUUUUGAAUAUAAAGAAAUGACUCUGUUUACAGACAUUGGGGCUCCAUUGACAUUUGAGAAUAUUGUUCAAGCAACAGGGAAUUUUAAUGGCAGCUACCACAUUGGCAGCGGAGGAUUUGGGGCCACUUACAAAGCUGAAAUUGCUCCAGGAAUCACUGUAGCUGUGAAAAGGCUAGCUGUUGGAAGGUUUCACGGUGUUCAACAGUUUCAUGCUGAGAUUAAAACCCUUGGUAGGGUGAGACACCCAAACCUGGUGACUUUAAUAGGUUACCAUGCCAGUGAAACUGAUAUGUUGCUCAUAUAUAAUUAUUUACCAGGAGGGAAUUUGGAAAACUUUAUCAAGGAGAGAUCUCGGAGGCCUUUUAAUUGGCAAAUUCUCCACAAGAUUGCUUUGCAUAUAGCCCGUGCACUUGCUUAUCUGCAUGGCGAGUGUAUUCCGCGUGUCCUACACCGUGAUGUCAAGCCAAGUAACAUACUGUUGGAUGAUGAGUUCAAUGCUUACUUGUCUGACUUUGGAUUAUCUAGGCUUUUGGGAACUUCAGAAACACACGCAACAACUGGUCCAGCAGGGACUUUUGGGUACGUAGCACCAGAGUAUGCGAUGACUUGCCAUGUGUCUGAAAAGUCUGAUGUUUACAGUUACGGUGUGGUGCUGCUUGAAUUGAUGUCGUACAAAAAACCCUUAGACCCUUCGUUUUCAUCACAUGGCGAUGGUUUCAACAUUGUCUCUUGGGUGGACAUGCUGUUAGAAAGGGGUCAGGAUAAGGAGGUCUUCGUAGAAGGGCUAUGGGAUGCAGGACCCCAGAAUGAUCUAGUCGAGAUGUUGAAUUUGGCUGUCGCGUGCACAGUCAAGACCCUCGCCUCUAGGCCAACGAUGAAGCAAGUCGUCGAAAGAUUAAAGCGAAUCCAACCUAUUUCAAGGAAGGCGGAUAACGAGCAAAGUAUAGAGCUAGCGAUCAUAACCUAGAAGUGUAGAAGGUAUGACAUUCUUGUAGUUUGUACAUUUCUGCGUAGUUGAAUUUUGGUUUCCAGUUUGUUGUUUUUCCUGCAACAAGCAUAUUCUGCUGAGCUGAGAAAUUUUUUCAACCCUGCGGUUAUACAAGUAGAUGUCUCAGUUCAUUUGCAAUUGAUCAUCCAUAAUCUUAACUGAAAAAUGGG